UAUACAUAAAAUCACUUCCUGUCAGGAGUGAUUUGAUUGCUAAUAAAAGUUUGUCCUCGUUAUAUUUGUUAAGCUAUUUCUGUUGAACCACUUAGAUUAAGCUGUGACUAUUAAAGAUACAUUAAGUGAUAUCUGCUUAUCAAGGCUGAUAUUUUAGGUUUACUUGUUCCAAGUAAGUGACAAAAACUUGUGAGGUCACGCCGGAUUUCAAGAAAAAAUGGCGGGUGUACUAUUCGAAGAUAUAUUCGACGUAAAAGAUAUUGACCCUGACGGGAAAAAGUUUGACAGAGUCUCCAGACUGUUCUGCGAGUCCGAGUCUUUCAAGAUGGACCUGAUCCUAGACGUGAACACACAGCAGUACCCUGUUGAUUUAGGUGACAAGUUCCGUAUGGUGCUGGCCACAACAUUAAGAGAAGACGGAUCCCCAGACGAUGGAGAGUUCAACCCCCUUGACACCGGACCGUCCCGGGCCGACAGCUUUGAAUACGUCAUGUAUGGCAAAGUGUACAAAAUUGAAGGAGACGAAACUGGUCCAGAUUCCUCCCGAUUAGCUGCCUACGUAUCCUAUGGUGGUCUACUAAUGAGGUUACAAGGAGACGCUAACAACCUGCACGGAUUCGAGAUGGAUUCCCAUGUGUACCUGUUGGUGAAGAAGUUAGCAUUUUAAUCCGUGUGAAUGUAUUGCGAGUAUAGAUGUGAGAGUGAUGAAACAAAAGAAUUUGCUUUUCAAUUUACAGAUCAUACAAGUAUUGUUUGAUAAUCGUUUGAUUCACACCAGUCAGAAGACGGCCCCAGUGCAUGUUUGCUCUCGACAAAUAUUGCAUUGUUUGUAUAACAGUUUAAAAGUCAAAUCUAUUUUGUUAACUUCAAACGUAUUCAUGAUGAGUGAUCAAUAAAUGCAAAACCAGAAUUGAAAAAAAAUGUACAUUUUUACAGUUCUUUCGACCUGUUGAUUGUUAAGUGAGGAACAGAAGUCAAGACAAGAAUGAGAAUGAAAGAGUGAGCGGAAGAUUGAGAAAAGGGAAAAUAUCGGGGUGUGAAAUAUCGCCCAACCACCAUUUCACAUGUGUUCAUCUUUCUCGAGACUUCAUUUUUUAUAAUAAAAUCAGUAUGAAUAUA